AUGCCUCCCCCAGAAGAGCUAAAGGAAUCCAAACGGGCAGUGAAUAGCCUUCGGGAUAUCGUCGAUGAUGAUGAUGACGACCUUGAGAGGGUCAGCUGGAGCGGGGAACCUGUGGGAAGGCGAAACAAACUUCCAAGUUUUCAGUCCCUUUCAGAUGCCCUCUCUGACACAGGAGUUAAAAACUACGCCCCAGAGCUGCGCAGACCGAAAGCUGAGUACAAGGAUUACAGCAGUGAUUGGAGCCCCAAAGAUACGGUCAGGCGAAUGCAGAGGGGCAAGAUCUGCUCUCUAGAGAGAUUUCGCUCGCUGCAGGAUAAGCUGGUGCUCUUGGAUGAGGCGGUGGCAGGGCAUGAUGGGAACGUCAUUACAGCUGUCCUGAUAUUCCUGAAACGGACGCUAAGGAGAGAGAUCUUGUUUCGGGAGCUGGAGGUGCGGCAGGUGGCCUUAUGUCACCUCAUCCAUUUCCUCAAAGAGACGGGUGAGCAGAAGUUGCUUCUGGAUCUGCUCAGGUUCCUAGACAGGACCGAGGAAGUUGCUCUGUCCCAGUACCGGGAACAUUUGAACAUCCAAGAUGUAGAAAAAAGGAGGGAAUUUCUGAAAGGCUGCAUUGGGCUGCCAUUUUCAGCUGAGGAUACAUCCCACAUUCAAGACCAUUACACCCUGUUGGAGCGACAGAUCAUCAUUGAGGCCAAUGAUCGGCACUUGGAGUCAGCUGGGCAGUCAGAGAUAUUUCGGAAAUAUCCUCGUAAGGCUUCAAUUCUCAACAUGCCACUAGUGACCACCCUCUUCUAUUCCUGUUUCUACCACUACACAGAGGCUGAGGGAACAUUCAGCAGCCCGACCAACCUGAAGAAAACGUUUAAGAUUCCUGAUAAGCAGUAUGUGCUGACUGCCCUGGCUGCCCGUGCCAAGCUGCGAGCCUGGGAUGAUGUGGAUGCCCUCUUCACCACCAAGAACUGGCUGGGGUACACCAAGAAGAAAGCACCUAUUGGCUUCCACCGAGUGGUGGAGAUCUUGCAGAGGAACAAUGCUCCUGUGCAGGUGCUGCAGGAGUAUGUGCGCCUGGUGGAGGAUGUGGAGACACGGUUGAACCUCGCCACCAAAUACAAGUGCCAUGAUGUUGUCAUUGAGACGUACAGGGAUCUAAAGGAUCGCAUCCAGCUGACAGCAUAUAAAUGCAAGGUGGAGCGAGGCUCUGCAGAUGAAGAGAAGAUAAACAGCAUUCUCAACAACAUGCAAAUCCGAUGGAAGAACUGAGCGCCUGUGAAGCAGCCUGCUUGUGAAUUUGGCCUUGCCUUGCCUUGUGAGUGAAGAACAAGUUGCCAGUGAAAGAGGAAACGGCAAAACCCAGUGCGGUGCCAACAGAGCAGCUCUGUUACUACUCAUUGCAUGAUCAACGUUCGUCAGUGACAGCGGGUGCCCGUGGCUUGUGGGACAGUGACAUCCAGGCUGGUUGAAGGCAGCUGUUCCAAUGUAGCCAGCGAAACCAUGGUACACCAGGGUUGAUUCUUUUUGGAAUCUGGUUCUCUUUGACUUGGCUGUAAGCCAGGCAUCGCUUUUGUUUACAGAGGGAAGUAGCUGGGCACAGCAAGGUGACAUUUGCUCUGGGUGGUGCCUGGGCUUAUCCUCGCGAGAGGAGCAGGUCAGUCAGACUUGUGGGGUCUCCACCAGACAGUGCUGAGCGGUCCCUGUAACACUCAAGCUGGCUUGAGCAUCACCAGUCAUGGCUGUGGCUGGAGUAAAGCCUUCUGGACUGUGUUCUCCCUGCACCAGAGUGUGUUGGGGGAAAGGACCAGCUGCACCUUAAGGCUCUUUUUUUUUUUUUUUUUUUUUU